CCUAGAGUAACCGGGGAUGGAAGGAAAAAUUUGUUUUUAUCGAAUUUCCCCCCUUCUUCACUCCCCUGGCCGAUCUGAAAUGGAACGACCAUCUGCUCGACCAAGAGUACGCUGCACCGGCCUCCUCCCCAGACUUGGAAGCUAAUCUCGAGAUCCUCAUGCGCGGGGAUCCUCAAACCGGGAGGAUUUUCCACCAAGGCAGCUGGGUUUGGAGUGUAGAGUCGGGUGGUGAGGUUGGUCUUGCAGAUAUGGAGUUUGAAGAGUUCGCUAUCCCCGAGGACCAACCAGCGGGGGAGACCGGGGGCUCCCAAGCCAAUCCUGCCAGGACUUUCCUGGUCAACCCAGAGACCGUGGAAAUCCUGGACGAAGAUGAGCCCCAAGACAACCGGUCUAAGGGGAAGGAGAAGGAGAAGGCCGGUCGCCGGGUGAAGAAGGUGGCCACCACGCACCCUUCCUACGCCAAGAAAAGGGCAAGGUCAGAUCCUGAGCCGGCCGGUCAGACCAUCGAGGAGGCCUUCAUCAAUCUCGGGCUGAGGCUGAAGGAGGCGGGGGAGAUCGGGCCGCAAACAGUGGACCGGUUGGGGAUGAGUUCCCCUUCUGAAGUCGACCGGCUGAAGAAGGAGAAGGAAGAGAUGGCACUCAUCCUGAGGAGCCAGGCUGAUGAGCUGAUCCGGCUGUCUGGGCUGGCCGGGGCAAUAAAGACUGAGAUCUCCCAACUGAAGGAGGAGAACGGCCGGCUGCUGGACGAGGUCUCUGAGGCAAAUAGAGAGAUGGCGGAGAAGGAAGAAAACUUCCCCGGGCGCGCAGCCGCCUGGGUUGAGGAAAAUAAGGCCGAAGCUGCCCGGGUUCUGACGGCGAGUCCAGAAGCUACCAUGGAAUCCUUCAGGCUUCUAUACCGGGAGCCUGAAGGAAGGAAGAUUAUUACCGCCGUCGGAUCUUUCGGAUUUAAGUGCGGUCAAAAGAAAGACCGGGCAGCUUUCCACCGGAUCCUCCUGAAGAGAGACCCGGCCUUCACUGCGGCUUCCUACGGCCUGGCUCCUAUCCCAGAGGAAGAGCCUACUCCCCCUUUCCCCUUAGAUUAGGAUCUCCUCGGCCUAGACCGGUUG